CCGGCGGCGGCGGCGGCGGCGGCCGGGAGGAGGAGGAGGAGGAGGCGGAGGACGCGGCGGCGGCGGCGGGGACGCGGUGACUUAGGGCCGCUCCGUGUUAUGAAGACAGCAUGGAGUUCCCAGACCACAGUAGACAUUUGCUGCAGUGUCUGAGCGAGCAGAGGCACCAGGGCUUCCUUUGUGACUGCACCGUCCUGGUGGGAGAUGCCCAGUUCCGCGCGCACCGAGCUGUGCUGGCUUCGUGCAGCAUGUACUUCCACCUCUUUUACAAGGACCAGCUGGACAAAAGGGACAUUGUUCAUCUGAACAGCGACAUUGUUACAGCCCCGGCUUUCGCGCUCCUGCUUGAAUUCAUGUACGAAGGGAAACUCCAGUUCAAAGACUUGCCCAUUGAAGACGUGCUCGCAGCUGCCAGUUACCUCCACAUGUACGACAUCGUCAAAGUGUGCAAAAAGAAGCUGAAGGAGAAAGCCACCACCGAGGCGGACAGCACCAAGAAGGAGGAGGACGCCUCCAGCUGCUCGGACAAAGUCGAGAGCCUCUCGGACGGCAGCAGCCACAUGGCGGGCGACCUGCCCAGCGACGAGGACGACGGCGAGGACGACAAGCUGACCCUCCUGCCCGGCAAAAGGGACUUGGCGGCCGAGCCCGGCAACAUGUGGAUGCGCCUGCCCUCGGACUCGGCGGGCCUGCCCCCGGCCGGCGGGGACGCAGAGCCACACGCCGCGGCAGCUGGAAAAACAGUGGCCAGCCCCUGCAGCUCCACAGAGUCUUUGUCCCAGAGGUCUGUCGCCUCCGUGAGGGAUUCGGCAGAUGUUGACUGUGUGCUGGACCUGUCUGUCAAGUCCAGCCUGUCAGGAGUUGAAAAUCUGAACAGCUCUUAUUUCUCUUCACAGGACGUGCUGAGAAGCAACCUGGUGCAGGUGAAGGUGGAGAAAGAGGCUCCGUGUGAGGAGGGCGAGGUGGGCGCUAAUGACUAUGACAUGGAGCAUAGCGCCGCGAAAGAGAGCGGGGGCGCUAACGCCCGCGGGCCGUACGAGCCGGCGCACCUGGCUCCGCUGCGGGAGGACUCGGUGUUGAGGGAGCUGGAGCGCGAGGACAAGGCCAGCGACGACGAGAUGCUGAGCCCGGAGCACGAGCGCGGCCCGGCCGAGGCGGCCGUGGACGGCGGCCUGCUGCCCUACGUGUCCAACAUCCUGAGCCCGGCCGGCCAGAUCUUCAUGUGCCCGCUGUGCAACAAGGUCUUCCCGAGCCCGCACAUCCUGCAGAUCCACCUGAGCACGCACUUCCGCGAGCAGGACGGGCUGCGCGGCAAGCCGGCCGCCGACGUCAACGUGCCCACCUGCUCGCUGUGCGGCAAGACUUUCUCGUGCAUGUACACGCUCAAGCGCCACGAGCGGACCCACUCGGGCGAGAAGCCCUACACGUGCACGCAGUGCGGCAAGAGCUUCCAGUACUCACACAACCUGAGCCGCCACGCCGUGGUGCACACGCGCGAGAAGCCGCACGCCUGCAAGUGGUGCGAGCGCAGGUUCACGCAGUCGGGGGACCUGUACAGACACAUCCGCAAGUUCCACUGUGAGUUGGUGAACUCCUUGUCUGUCAAAAGCGAGGCCCUGAGCUUGCCCGCGGUCAGAGACUGGACCUUAGAAGAUAGCUCUCAAGAACUCUGGAAAUAAUUUUCUAUCCCUCUCUCUAUAUAAAUAAUAUAUAUAUCGACACGUACAUAUAUAUACAUAGAUCUCUAUCUAGUUGUGGUACGGUCUAAAAGCAGCCUUGUUUCCUGGAACUAAGACGUCGGGGUGUUGACUCGGUUUUGCACUUUAGAGUAGCAUGAGACUCUCGCUAAUUUAGCAUUCUGGUAAAAGAGACUCUGGAGCAAGUCGGAGACUAGAGAGGGCCUUUUCUUUCGAGGGGGCAGGGGGAGGAAGCCAAUAAGAACCUUUGAAACAGGUCGUCCUAUCACAAGAUGCUUUCACAGGGCUUCAUUUUGUCGACACUGCAUUGUCUUCUGAGCUCUCGCUCUCGCUCUCUCUCUCUCUCUCUCUCUCUCUUUCUCUUUUUCCACUUUGUUUUUGUUUUGUUUUGUUUCGGAGUAGAGAUCCCCUCCAGUUUUAUUAGCCUCUCUAUAUGUCACAAAUUGCAUGAAUCUUUUCUGGCUGUUGGAAACCUGAAUGCUUUUAGACCCAAAUGGGAGAUUUCUGAGAUGCUGGAUUAUCUAUUUUUAAACAAGCAGUUGACUUAAAACUUUCUGUGGCAACUUCUGGUUUCCUGACGGUUCCCAAUGAGAGAAAUGCGGAAAGUACACUGGGCUCACUGGGACGCUGUCUUUGUGAAGGUUUGCUUGGGAUGGAAAAGGAUACUGCAGCUCCAGCAGUGUUGAACUGUGUGUUGAAAAAUGUGAAUUACUGUUCUUGUAUACUGUAAUUGAUUACACGGGCUGGGGGGGGUGUCAAAGAACUUGACAGGUUGUGUUGAUGCUCUUAGUUGAGUCUUGAAAAGUAAAUAUUAACGCUACAGAAAUGCAUGAGUUUCAAUAUAUUUUUUGUCUUUGUUUGCAUUGUAUAACUUUAACGAGUGAGUUUAAAAUUAUUUAAUUUCCUUAGAAAAACAAAAUAGCACCGUUUGGGGAAAAAAAAACCUGGUGUUAUGAAGAACGUAAAUGCACUGUUUUUAUUUUUAUUUUAUAUAAUUUAAAUUGACUUUCCCACUGUCUUUAAGUUGAAACUGUUAAGCUGAAUAAAAACUUAAGCUGCAAAUUGAUAACUUCGCUACAUAACAAGGAAAAUAUAAAUGUUUACAAACGGCUUAAAGAUUUGCAUGUGCAGUGUGCAUUUGUAACAGACUUCUGAUUGCACAGAACCCAUGCCAGCUCAAAGUUUAGGGGUACACAUUUACCCAGUGGAGCAUUUUUAGAAUAACUACUGCACAAAUUGACAAUAGGUCAUUCUCUCUUUUUUUUUAUUUUGUUUUUGGGUUUUUUUUUUUGGCUCCCCUUUCUUUUUCUCCCCUUCUUCCUUAACCCCCCCCCCCCCCCCCCCUUCAUCCUCCCCCCCCCCCAACACC